AUGGAUGAUCAAACGGAAUUAAAAACUGGAGUUGAUGCCGUGCAAUGUCCCAGCAAAAAACUUGAUAAAGCGCUAUUAGCUUUAAAGGUCCGUCGUACGGUGACCGAACAGCAAAUUGACCGUGUCAAUGAGUUUGCAAAACGUAUGCAAGAAGAUUCAAGUGGCGUUUCUUUAGGUGAAUUAAAUAUAAGGCUCAAAGCUUUAGACAAUGCUUUUGAUGCUUUCAACAAAAACCAUCUUAUGGGCGAUUUACCUGAUUUACGAGUUCAACAAUCAAGACCGUUUAAUGUAAUAGGUCUCGAUUUUUGUGGUCCAUUUCAAAUAUAUUAUGGCAGAAGCGGCAUUGUUUCUACAAAAGGCUACAUAUCUGUUUUCAUAUGUUUUUGUACAAAGGCCAUACAUUUAGAGUUGGUAGAAGAUUUAUCCGCUCAAGCUUUCUUAGCUGCUUUAAGGCGUUUCAUUGGACGACGUGGCCUAUGCUCAGGGAUUUACCGUGACAAUGCAAAUAAUUUUAUUGGUGCAAAAAACGAGUUGCAUGAAUUUUACAAGAUGUUUAAAAGUACAGAUAUUAUAUUUAACGAAUGGGAGGCUGCAGUGAACUCCACUAAAUUUCAUCUAAAAAGUAUACUACAAGAUGCGAAAUUUAACCUUUUUGAAUUCACCACACUUUUAAUACAAAUUGAAGCGGUAUUAAAUUCAAAACCUAUCACUCCCGUGCCUGAGAGUCCAAAUGACGAACCAGCUCUAACGCUUGGUCAUUUUAUUAUUGGCUCUGCUUUAAAAACCAUACCUUAUCCCGACUUAAGGGAUGUCAACAACGUAAGCCAUUUACGGCGUUAUCAAAGAUUGCAAUAUUAUCUGCAACAGUUUUGGGACAGAUGGUCUAAGGAUUAG